GACCCUGCAGCCCCCAGGCAUGGAGGAGGAGGGGGGGACGUGAGGGGUGGUGAGUGCCAGCCGCGGGCAGGAGCGCUGGAGAAGGAGCAGGCUGAGCCCCUGACAGGUGUCUCCGCCGUAAGUGCCCUUACGCAGUAACUCGAAGACUUAAAAAAAAAAAAGAGACUUUUGUGCUCGCUGUUGCCGCUGCGAUCUUCGAAGAUGAUGUUGGCAGAGCAAGCCCAGAAGUGGUUCCCAACUCACGUGCAAGUGACCGUCCUCCAAGCCAAAGGUCUGAAGCCGAAAGGUAAAAAUGGCAGCAACGAUGCCUACACCAUCAUCCAGCUGGGCAAGGAGAAGUAUUCCACCUCGGUGGCCGAGAAGACCUUGGAUCCCAUCUGGAAAGAAGAGGCCUCCUUCGAGCUCCCUGGAUUACUCAUGCAGGAGAAUCCAGAAAAAUACAUCUUGUACCUGAUUGUCAUGCACAGGUCACUGGUGGGGCUGGACAAGUUUUUGGGACAGGUGGCGAUAAGUCUGAACGAUGUGUUUGAAGACAAGCAAAGAAGGAAGACAGAGUGGUUUCAACUGGAGUCCAGGCAAGGGAAGAGAACUAAAGACAGAGGAGAAAUAAAGGUCAAUAUUCAGUUUAUGAGGAAUAACAUGACAGCAAGUAUGUUUGAUUUGUCAAUGAAGGACAAAACCAAAUCCCCUUUUGCUAAACUAAAAGAUAAAAUGAAGGGCCGGAAAAGCGAUGGGACAUUUUCGGAUACAUCCUCUGCCAUCAUCCCAAGUACUCACAUACCUGAUGCAAACAUAGACAUAUACAGUGGUGAAGUACAAAUGAAAUCAAAACCAAAAAAACCUUUCCUUUUGGGACCUCAGCGGCUGUCAUCAGCUCAUUCAAUGUCAGAUUUAACAGGAUCACAUGUCUCCUCAGAAAAAAUAAAGCCUGGCACAGGUGGCUACUCUCAUCUUUUCAGGCGUCAGCUGGAAUCUUUUGGUUCAGUUGAUGAAGGUGGGAGUCUAAGAUCUCCACAUAGAAGGACAUUAAGUGUUGAUACUUCUAAAAUGAACCAGCUUGACAGCACAGUUGAUGAACCUGCACCUGAAGCACAAAGUGACCCAUUUACCAAUGUGAGUGCUUCGUUACCCCAAAAAUUUGCUACACUGCCAAGACAGAAGAAUCCUUUUGAAGAAAGCCCAGCGCCAUGGGAUCAAAACAUAAGUCUGUUUUCCAAACCUGUGGAAAUCAGAAAAGACAGUAAAAAAGAGAAAAAAGAGAGAGUUAGUCUUUUUGAACGAGUGACUGGAAAAAAAGAGAGCAAGAGGUCAGAGAAACUCAGCAAUGGGGGAUCAGACAGUUCUGCUGACUUGAAAUCACCCAGUGCGUUUGGUGAGACUCAUCAGGAGAGUUUUGAUUAUGAUUCCACCAAUCCGUUCAUGACAAACUUCAAGCCUGCAAGCAUGUUGCCAUCUUCAAGUUUUCAUAUGAAUCCUUCUGGCAUUGAGGGGCUCAGGAAAACAAUGGAUGGAAAUCCUUUUGAUGCCACUGCAGGAUACCGGAACCUUACUUAUGAAGAGGUUUUGCAGGAGCUGGUGAAGCAUAAAGAGCAACUGAAGAAGAAGGACACUCAUAUCCGUGAGCUUGAGGAUUACAUUGAUAAUCUUCUGGUACGAGUGAUGGAAGAAACACCCAGUAUUCUCAGAGUGCCAUAUGAACCUUCUCGAAAAGCUGGCAAAUUUUCCAAAAGUUAAGACAGUGAUAUUGAUGGUACUUUCUGCUGAAUGUCUUAGAGGAGUGAGAUCCCACUGUAACAUUUUGACUUCUCUGCAUUCCUGUUCCUCUAAGAAACUCCAGGAAUCAGGAGAGGACAGGAGUGUGGUGUGUGGGGUUGUUUUGGUUUGAUUUGUUUUUUUUAACUCCAAACACUAGCAGGGACUGCCAAAAGUAAUCUUCUGUUAGGUUACCUAAUUACAUAUUUUUUUUCCUUUUUGAAAAUAUCCUUAGGUACAGAAUACUUACAUUAAAUAAUACACAUUGAGUAUGUCCAUGCAGUUUAUAUAACAGCUUAGUGUUGACCACGUGGCAGUUACAGCUGGGAAGCCUCUGCUGUCCUGAAUCUUUUCUUGAAUGAUUAUUGGUAUUAUGCAAUAUAUCAAUUCUGAUAUUACAGCAUGCCAUCAAGACCACUGUUUUCAAGCUUUACUAAAUCAAAAUGUGGGUUUUUUUGCAACAGAAUCUCAUUUGUUCUACACACAUUAGAGGAAAGCAGUGGUGCACAAUCUUUGCAGAGUAAAUGCAGCAUUCCAUACGGUGUGCUUUUUGUAGAACAAUGUAAAAAAUAUCAUGCCAUUUCAGUCCUGGCACAUGCUGGAAUCAGUUAUUUUGCACUUAAAUGCUGAAUUCUGUGUGUAAUGGUUGAAGUUUGGUAGUGAGAUCAUGACAUGAGGUUGUUCUGAGGAUCUUUUUCUAUUAAGUUUUUGCAUGCUGUUUUUAUAUGUUGAAGUACUUUGGAAAGUGUUAAGAGAGUCAGAAGUAGGGCUGGGGAAAAGUAUGGAAUAAAGACAUGAAUACUUUGUUCAGCCAAAAUCUGCUGCAGUGAAAAUGUGUGAGAAAUGAACAGGCUGAAUUAAAUAGACAUGGUAAUUCAAAAGGUGUAGAACUGCCUCAAUUUAAGGUUGAGUUUCCCAUGGUAUAUCAUGGUUUUUUUUAAAUCUUAGGGCAAGAAAGUAUAUGCCUUUAGAAAUAGGCUAUGUUGCUUAAACACAUAUAGAGUACUUAGAAAGACUUUCCAUUAAAAAAAAUCUAUUCCUUGUAAAUACUUGUAAAAGUCAGUUUUCAUUGAGGCAAAUGAAAGAAGAAUGUAGUAAAUGCCUUCCUGAUCAUUUAAUAGUUGUUUGUAAACUGACAGAUGAAAAAAGUAUCAAAUAUUUAAUAAUUUGAAAAAAUAUAGUGGUGACCAUAUAACAGGAGAAUUCUGUGGAAGAAUCCUCACAAAAUUAACAUAAAUAGAUUUUAUUUUUAAUCCCCUUCACAAGUGUCUCAUUGGGGUCAUGUGAUGCUGUGAAACAGUAAGGCUAUUUUUUAAAAGUACAGAGCAUAAUUUAGAUUUGAAUUUAAGAAACCUGACUGUAUUCUCCUUUUUUUUUUUUCUGCACCUGAUGUGUUUUCUUUCUUACAGCACCAUGUAAUGGCUUUUGCUGAGGAAGAAAAAAAUGCUUGGAAUUAAAUUCUGAUUUUUAUUUUUUUUUGUCAUAAAAGAUGUAAAUAUCUUUUCGUUUUUUAACUGAAAGAAAUUAGGAAUAUCUUGAAUAAUUUUAAUCUGGAAGAGUAGAAAAAAAUAUUAUCUGACUGCAUUUGACAAUGCUGGUAUUGUGUGGUAGUACAGAACUAUUCCUGUUAGGAAAAAAAAACCUUUGUACAGUAAUUCUCAAAUUGAGUUUACUCCUUUUUUGUUUUGUCUUCUGUUCUUCCUUUCUCUUUUUUUCUACUUCUUUUUCUUCUUCACUUUUAGGAACUACCUCCCAUUCCCCUAGUGCUUUGUCCCUAGAAUUUGUGCAGUUUGAGUGUUCCCAACCCAGCAUUGGGAUCCCUUAGCAUGGAGCUUUGUGCCUGGAUGGAGCCUGGGUGAUUGGAGCCUGGGUGAUUGGGGCACAGAAAUGGGCCCACUUCUUCAGGGAGUCUCUCUUUUGUCAGCCUAAGGAUUUAUCAGGUUUGGUACCUCACAAAACCACAUGAAUGUUCUUUUGACCCACUUCAGAUCUCAAUGACUGUAAAUUUGUUAUAAUCUGUUUAAAGUGCCAAAGGUUAUGUACCAAGUUGUGGUACGCUUAUUGUUGGAAGUUAGGGUUUACACUCAAUUAGGUUUUAAUUUCCUAAUUACACCAAGAUGUAUUUCACUUACUCAGUAUUUCCAUAGAAGUUUUAAAACAUUUUCAAAUGUUUGGCCGAAGCAAAUUCUUUUCUCCUAUUGUUAAUGGGGGAGUGUUGUGCAAUUGUUUUGAAUUCCAGAGUCUUUUUCAAGCUAACUGGUAUGAGACCAUCUGUAGCAUUUACAACUCUUAAAUCAUCCACACCAAUGGGGUUUAACAAAUAAACCAGCCAGAGAAUAGGCUCCAAAUGACUUUUCACUUGCAAGCCAACUUAGAAUUAUUAAAAUGAAGCUCAACUAUAUUUAGCACCUCUGAAAUCACUUCUUUUAGAAUGUAAAUGUAGAAUAUCAAACUGCAUAAUUGACUCCACGCAGAUCAUUUGACAUAUUUGCAUACCAGGAAUGAUAAGCAGAUUAAAGGUAGCGAAAAGAUCAAUUUUUGUGCAUAAGGGAAGAGAUUUAGUGAAGCUUUGAAUGUGCUAUCUACUCUUUAUCUGAUCUGUAAGUGAAUAAAAGCACCUUUUGUUUCUAACACUUUAUCAAAAAGGGGAGAACGACAAAUACAAUUUAGGAAAAGGUAAGGUGACUGAGAGAGGCAAAAUAGGACACCUACAACUAUGGAAAUAUUUUUAUAGUGUUCCUAGGCAUAGGCUGCUUUUGGAGCAACUCUUGAAAGAUUACACACAUGUCAUUUUCUGCCUAGAAAGAAAAUUUUAACUUGUUUUCUUUAUUUUGAAAUUAUUUUUGAAAAACAUCAUCACCCCACGUGUAUUCUUUGAACCAUGCAGCUUUCAAAUGAAAUAAUUUUGUAGAGAAUAAAUUAUAUGCUGAAAACAAAGUUCUGUUUCUCCCACAGCAUAAAAUUGCAAACUUUUUUGCAGCUCAUUUUAAAACCAUAAUGAUUUGCCAUUUAAGAUUGGUCUUUCUUGCCCUUUAAAAUAUAGAGAUGAGAAUUGUGGGCAUCUCCACAUUAUUUUGAUUUUUUUUUUCUCUCAAAAAUUAGUUUUAGGAGUUCAUGCAUACACUAUACUUUGUAAUAUCCUUUGAAGUGUAUCCUCUGCUCAUUGCCAUGUAUUUUACUUACUUAAAGGAACAAAUAUUAAGGCCAUACUUUAAUGUUGUAGGUAAGGAAUUUAAACUUUCUGCCACUCAAGAAAGAUACUUAGUAUUUAUAUACAUUACCUCUUGCUGCUGUAUUUUACAUUUAGCUUGGUUUUCCCCCUACUAAUGAAUGUAGCACUCUCCAUAGAUUAUACAUAACUACAUUUAUUGCUCUUGGCUCUGUAGCAAGAAUUAUUUGUAAUUUUCCAGCUGUGAAAAUGUUGCCUUGCAUUCAGAAAGGUUUCAUGAGUUGGGAACCUAGAGGAAGUCCUGCUCAUUAGGUACCAGUCUGCAUUUCUUUCUGCACAGGAGGCCCUUUCUCAGAUGCAUCAUAAAACAAGCAGUGCUGCUGCUGUCUUAAUAUGUUUAUUGCUGCUCUGGAGGAUUUCUUGGAAGAAAACUUACUGUCCUGCAUCAAGUCUGGAGAGUAAGCUCCUGCUUUCUUGCUCUUUUGUGUAUCCAUCACUGUUGUAGCUGUGAUAGAGGCAUUAGCUGUGGGCUUUUUCACCUGUUGAUAUUUAAUCUUGACCAAGUUCCUCUCUUUGAGGUCCACGAUGAAGGAUGUGGCAGUGCUGCUGUGCUGAUGAUGCUAGAUUUCAGGGUCUGUCAGCACUUUCAGUGUGAAACCCUAUUUUCAGGGAUUUAGAAUUUCUAAGUGUAAAUACAAUCACUGGAAGGAUUUAAUAUGCAAUAGGUAGCACUUUUCAUUUGUUAAUGAAGGGGUUUGAGAUUAGUUUCUGUUGAAAAAGCCCUGGUCUCCUAAAGCAUGGUGGGCAUUUGCUUUAUCCUUUGUAUUUUGUACACUGAUAAAGCCCCUGUGUGUUACAAAAGGUGGAGCCCUUCCUACUCAUCCUAGAAGCUUCCAGUUGUAUUACAAUGUACUGUGAAAAGCUAAAGAUCCAGGUUAUAUAGGAAUUCUGUAAGAGAUGUAAACAUUACUUAUAAUUUAAAGGUUGAUUCUGUCUUGUGCAGUCAAGGGUAGCUUGCCUGCAUUUGAUGAUGGUACAGAAUCACAACUGUGUGCACAUGUGAGAGCUGUGAACUGCAAAUGCAUGAAGGAAUUUUAUUCCCAUUUCAUUGUUACAACUUCUGAUUCCUUCCGUUUUGAUUCCAAUGUUACCUUAAUCUUUUGAUUUCUGUUCAUGAAAUAAAUAUUGCAUGUCUAACACUAAUAAAGCACCACGAUGCACUACCC